AUGAGUCUGUUCCAGUCCACAGAGUCGAUGGCAUUGGGCAAGUCAGUGUUACGUGAGGUCAUCGCUGCAGCCGAAGCCCUUGAGUGCCCCUACUGCAACAAGUUUUCUUCCAGGAAACAAUCAGCUCCAGCUCAUGCCGAGCGUCCCAUGGACUUCAAUGAGCAGCUUCAGGCCGACACCUUGUGGUUUGAUUUGAGCUCAGUCGGGCCUGAUGCCCCUUCUGACAAAGCUUCCAAGCGGAAGAUUGGCAUGUUGGUCAUGGUCGUGCUGAUGAAGAUCUACAGCCAGGUGAACGAUGCCUUUACUGGUCUUGUCAAUGGAGCUCAACGUGCUGAACAAGCCAUUGCUGGUCUCCGUCAACGGCGAGUUGUCCGAACAGCCGAUUUGCGGCGCAUCAACCAGCACACCUUGGAGCAACCUUCUCCAAAGAAAGCCAAGACCAACCAUCCUCCUGAUCAAGGUGAGCAAGAUGCCCCAGCAGCACGACCUGAAUCAGUGCGAUCAUUUUCCUAUGAGCCAACUGAACCCAUCGAUGAUUUGCCAAAAGAUCCUGCUGAAGAUCCACCUCUUCCUGUGGCUGAUCCGUCUUCUGGCUUGGACUUGCCAACGGAUCCCGGUUUGGACUUACCGGAUGAGUCAAGGCGCUUGAUUUGGGUUUGCGCGACUCUGAAGAGCCACAACCCUCACAGCAAGCUGAAGCAGCAGCAGCGCCCUCCAGCGGAGAGGCAGGUGCUGGACUCAUGCCUGAACCUCUUCCGCAAGAUGUUCCAAUCCCUGAUGGUGAUGACAGUGAAGCUGAUCAGCCCACCAUUGCAGCUGACAACACCGUCACCCAAUCUUCAAUGCCUGAGGCACCUCCACAACUUCCUGGACUUUCCUUUGCUGAACGCCGACGGCAACAUGAACGAAGUGAGACUUCUUGGAUGCGAUCUCCAUUGUGGCCACUGGUGCAUGAUCACCCUGAUCCUCAAAGCCCUGGCAAUUCAAAGCGUGCCAAGCACCGUGAAUCGGUCAACAUCGCUGUCGAACUCUUUCCAAAUGGCUGCGAAGGCUCAACCAACCUUCCAGCUGGAUGGCAUUAUGGAUUGCACUUUUCAUACAACAGAUUUUCCCUUGCCUGCCGAGAAGCUCCAGACCACAAAUGGCCUGACAAUGAGACGCAACAGCCGCAUCAUCUUGGUCAACGAGGAGCAGCCUGCCCCUGUGGGUGAUGAACCAUGGUUUGGAAAGACCUUGUACCCACUGACCAAAGAUGCUGCAGCUGAGUUUGGCCAAAACUACGUUGGCGACCUGUCGAAGAAGUUCAACAACAAAACCAUCCGAAGCCAUGGCCAUAUCUGGUCUGCCCAAGCUGCGCCCAAGAAGAAGAACGUCAAGGAUUCAGCUGACCUGAAGGAAAGCCGAAUGCGAUCCACAGAAGCGAAUUUUGUGGGCCAGAAUUCCCAAAGACGCUUGCCAGCUGAUUGGUGUGCCAGCCGGUACACUGAUGCUGAUGGAAAAGGUGGCUGGUGGUUGCGCCAACAGGCGUACGUCCAAAAGAUCAAACCUUUGACCUUGAGCGAUUCAUCAGAUGAGAAUCGUGAAUUGACUGUCAGAGAAGUGACAAUGCUCCGUGGUCUUCUAGGCGGCUACUUUGUUUUGCUGAUGAAUGUGAAAGCCCUUAGCCUCAACUCUGAAGCACAAGCAUGCGCUGGUGCAAUGGAUGCUCUUGAGUAUCUUCUGAUCUUCUGGCAUGGAUGUGUGACUCCUGGCUUUGAGUUACGACACUUGGACGUCCACGACAUCCAAAUGCAGUCAGCCUUGGUGGUCGACGCGAAGGCGCUCUACGAUAGCCUGAAAGCUGAAGUUCCACAGAUGCAAGGCGACCGAAGAUCCAAGAUUGAGGUCAUGGUUGUGAAACAGAAAAUGGAUGAGAUGAAAACGAAGCUGAAAUGGAUUUCAUCAGAGACCCAACUGGCAGAUGGUGUUACCAAAAUUGCAGCACGGCAAUUGCUUGCUGACCGCUUACGGUCCCAUGUCUUCUCCCUGCACUCUGACCAGAGCUUCCAAGCAGCAAAGAAGAAAACUCUUGCUGAACGACAAGCUUCAGCUAGACGCAAUGCGAUUGGUCGAUUGCAGAAAGGCAUUGGUUUUGCAGUGCUGACAAAUCAACUUGAGCCAGUUCGAGUUCAGAUGCGGCAACAGCAGGUGAACGACAAAGACGAAAGAAUCCAAGAUCUUGAAAGUUUGGUUCACUACUACGAGCAAGAUCACGAUACCAUUUGCAUCGUGAUUGCCGAGCGCUUUUACAAGCGAAUCAAGCCAGCAUACGAGAUUUGA